AUGGCAACAUACACUUGUCAUAGAAUUUCAGUGAUGUUCUUGCUCUUGUUCAUUAUGAGUUCCAUCAUGGUUGCUUAUGCUGGUACCUUUUAUGAAGAAUUUAACAUAACAUGGGGUGAACAACAUGCUACAAUACUCGAUAACGGAAAGCUCCUCACUCUUAAUCUUGACCAGAUUUGUGGCUCCGGCUUCCAAUCCAAAAGAUCAUAUCUAUUUGGAAGGAUCGAUAUGCAGCUAAAGCUUGUCUCCGGCGACUCAGCUGGCACUGUCACGGCUUACUAUUUAUCCUCAGAGGGACCAAACCACGACGAGAUUGAUUUUGAGUUCUUGGGAAACCUGAGUGUAGAUCCCUAUAUUCUCCAUACAAACGUGUUCACGCAAGGUAAAGGAGAUAGAGAGCAACAAUUCUACCUCUGGUUUGACCCAACAAAAGAUUUCCACACCUAUUCCAUUGUUUGGAAUCCACGAUGCAUCAUUUUAUUAGUGGAUAACAUCCCCAUAAGAGUAUUCGAAAACCAAGAAUCCAUUGGGAUUCCCUUUCCAAAGAGCCAGCCCAUGAAGCUUUACUCUAGCCUUUGGAACGCAGACCAAUGGGCAACGAGAGGUGGGCUCGUGAAAACAGAUUGGUCCAAGGCUCCUUUCACUGCCUACUAUCGAAACUUCAAUGCCAAUAAUGCCUGUGUGUGGUCUGGGGACUCAUCUUCUUGCUCUUCAUUGUCUACCAAUGCUAUGACUAAUAGAGCUAAUUGGCAAACUCAAGGACUCGAUGCAAAUGGGAGAAGAAGACUCAGAUGGGUGCAAAAGUAUUACAUGAUUUACAACUAUUGUACCGAUUUUAAGCGAUUUCCCGAGGGUCAGCCUAGGGAGUGCCCGCACUCUAGGUUCCUUUAG